GAUCCUUGUGCUUCUGAUCCAUGUCUUCAUGGAGGAACAUGUAUUGUUAAGCGGGGAAACCAGGCAGUCAGUCCACUCUACUGUAAAUGUGCCGUAAAUUUCACUGGUGAAUUUUGUUCCGUCUUUAUGAGUGGUAAGUUAAGUAUAUAUCUUACAUGUGCAUUUAUUGUCAAUGAUAGGGUGUUUUACAAAUCGACCACACUUUUCGAUUGUCUUUACCUUUAUCGAUCAUAGAAAUGACGUCAGCAACUGUUAAAAAUCUUGAGUGAAACCACGCAGCACAACCAAGUGGUUUCACUGCAAAGUGAAAGUCAGGUCACCAAGAUAAUGAAGUGACCGCAUAAGUCAUUGGUGCUUCCUCCCACUCACCCACCCACCCACCCAGUUUUCCUUUUUGGCAAAUUUAGUUCCUGGUCAUAAAUUGUAUGUCAUAAACGGUAUGUUCGAACUGUAGGAGGUUGUGGCAUAAGCUACCUCCAGAAAUCACAGUGAUGGGGAUCUAGGAAACAUUGAAACCUUUUUUUUUCUCCUAUCAGAAAUUCCAUGUCAUAGCCCGGAUGUUGACCUGCUAAAUAUCUUACCAAAUGCUUCUUCAGAUUUGAGCAUUUACAGAUCAAGACGUUUUAUCAUCCGUUCUGAAGUCAGACUGAAUUGUAAGUUGUCCCACGUAACGACGUUCCUUUGGCGUGUUUAUCAAUUUGGUGGAGAAAAUAUUCUAUUAAUUUCAAGAAAUAGCUCCUCAGAACUGCAGAUUACACCGUGCUCGCUGCCAGUUGGAAUUUUUUUGGUUCAACUCACCGUCAGCAUGAUAGGAACACCUGUGUUCGGGGUCAGUCUGGGUUAUUUCCAGGUAGUGAGUAGCCCUUUAGUUGCGUUCAUAGCAGGUGGAAGCAAAGUGGCCAGAGGACUAAAUAAAACAUUGAUUUUUGAUGCAUCUUUGUCGUACGAUCCCGAUGAGGAGAGUCGACAAUAUUCAGGUUAGUAACCGAAUACGUUUUAUGUCUGUUGACAAAAUUUUCCAAAGCAAAAAAAAAUUAUAGAUAGGACACGGCAUAAUUUACGCGAGGCCGACUUACUGAUUGACUGACUAUCUUAGCAGUCAAACUGACUGCUAUUGGCGGAAGUUCUCUCAUGCCUUGGUUUGUUGUGCAAUUUUAGGCCUGAGUUUUACAUGGUUAUGUGGACAAGAGUCACCUCUGGAUGUUAAUAAUUCAGAUGAAGCAGGAUGUUACUACAGGGCUAAUAAUAAAGAAUCUGUUGAACAUGAACUUAGAUUGAACAACAGUCUUAUUGCAGAAAACACCUCAUACUUCAUAACAGUUUUGGUUACAAAGGAUGAAAGGAAAGCUGAGUACACUCAAGAAGUGUUUAUCGUUCCUGGUGACCCACCGGAAGUGCAAAUCAGGUAACUGAAACGUAAGGAACCAGGUGCUUGAACUUCGUCUGUAGUUAACAAUCGUAUCUUCGUUAAAUUAACUUAAACCAGACGUCGAUAAAGCUUUUAGCGCAACAGCGACAGUUUUCCUAAAGCAGAUCGUGGUUUAUUGGUAGAAUAAGGCCUUAAUUUCAAACGGAAGAUACACUACACCUAGUGCAGUCUGACUGUACACUGACGUCAGUCAUUACUACUGAUUACAGUCCUUUUCAGGACCACACUUACGCGUGCGAUUAUACAAUGCUUUUAUAUGUUACCCCCGGGUUCAAGCCGUUUAUUAUGAUAAAUGUAAGCAAACUAGAAAAACUUGGCGAGCACUGUACAUAUCUGUUCAUCAGAAACGUCCAAUUUUAUUAUUGGCAUGUUAUCAGAAAUUCUAUUCAGUGAAUUAAACUUGGGACAAAGGAAAAACUGAUCAGAAAGGAGGGCAGCCGCAAGUCCAGGUUCAACAGUAGACUUCAUUCUUGUUAAAGUUUAGAAUUUAGUUUUGAUGAGUUUCGAAAUGAUCUUUUCCAACUGCAUUACUUAAAUGACCUACAGAUGUGUUGAAAACUGCGAUACUAAACUGAACCCGUCUGGGAGAAUGGCUUUGCAAGGCAUGUGUACAGGUGCCUCAUGUCAUCGUAACCUUAUCUUCAAGUGGACAGUUUUAAAAGACUCGAAUAACUCUUCCAACAGUUCUCAGUGGACUGAGGUUUUGGAAACACAAGAGUUGAUAAGCACUCGAGUUUCAUCAAAAUCUCUCGUAACCAGGCCUGGAGUGCUGACACCUGAUACCAGGUUUAAGUUUAUAUUGACGGCACAACGACCCGGUGGAUCCUGCGGUUAUUCAGAGUACCACGUCACCUCAAACAGCCCCCCUGUUGGAGGAGUGUGUAGUGUGAGCCCAACAUCAGGUGCCACUUUAACAACAGAGUUCACUUUUGUGUGUAUGAAUUGGCAGGAUCCAGACUUGGAGUUGCAGUAUCAAUUCAUUUACCUUACAAAUAACAAUCUUCUCAGUGUGGCAUACGAAGGAGUAAAAAGUAGGUUAUCAACCAACCUUCCUGCUGGAGAGAGGAAAAAUAACUUUACUAUCGACUUUCGAGUGCGCGUGGUUGACAUUUUGGGAGCAUACACUGAAGUGAGGACUCCUGUGCAGGUAUGAAACGGUAGCAGCAAAGAAACAGCGUUACACAUUAAUUGCCACCUUUUUCCAUGAUUUUUAUUGCAGUCUACACCGUCUAUCACAAUAAGAUGUAGCCCAUGAAAAAUGUCUGUAGACUGCCAUCUUCAUUUUCAUUAUAGGUUUUAGAACCCAGCGUUGAACAAGAAAACCUCCUAGACAUCGUCAAAAACCUCACAACUGGAGAUGAGAGUGAACUGAAUUAUCUGAUUCAGUCGGGUGACGUGUCACGUGCUCUACAAUUGACGGCAGCAGCCAUUUCGGUCAUUCAUUUCAUUGCGAAUGAGAAAUUGAUGGAAAGUGAGGCCUAUGAGCUGGCAGAAAGGCGGAGUGCGGUAAAGGUUUUCUACACUGAAACACUUUCAGUGAAACCUCUCCUGAAAACCCUCUGAAUUGUAUCUGGCUCGAGGUCUAACCAUUAAAAGUUUUAGAAAUUUUAUUCUUGUCAGAGUCCUAAGUUGGGGUGGGUUUGCCGCCAACAACACUACACUCGUACAGUAGUUCUCUCCACCGAAACCAUUUGGAGGUAUCCGAUAGUCUGAUAGGCUUCAGUUUUCAAGGCUAGUUUGAUUGAAUUGACUUGUGCACAGAUUUUACCUUCUCGUAGCAAAGUGUCCUCGUGACCAUGCUAACACAUGGAAAUGCUUCUAAUGGAGUAUCAAAUUGUGCUCACAAAUAGGAUAAAUGCAAAUAGAUGGCAGAGGGGGUCAAUCUAGUUCUAACUUUUCAGUAUGGUUUGAGUACCCCAGUUCACCUCUACUCUUUUUGCAAUUGUUAUAGAUGAAAUCAGACAUCAUAGAAAACAUAUCAGCUAUCCCGGCAGAGACUAUCAUCAGAGUUCAGCAGGUGUCGAAUGUGAUUGCCUCCGCCAGUUCGGUCAUAGACGAGGUUACCGUCAAAGCACAGGUAAUUUAUUAACCAAGAAAUGCUUUGUUGGUUAACUAGGACCAAUUUUUUUUAGCUGUAAUUAGUGGCAAACCGUUUAUUUUCUGAUCCUUUGAACUUUUUUCAGAGAGAUGCGACGAAUGCGCUUAAAAAGAUGACUUCAGUGUUAAAGGCGGAGAGUACUGCUGGGGAAAGUUAUGACUCGCUUUAUGAUGGUGCAAAAAGUCUAGUAAAUGGUCUCGGUAGCAUGCUUAGGGUAGCAGCACGUGGAGCUAGAGUAUACGAUUCAAAAUUACAGGGGAAUUUUCAGAUCAAAGCCAGCUUCGUAGAUGCUUAUGAACGACUCUCACGUAAGAGUCGUAGGGUAACAUUUAGGUCAAUAACUUCUCCUUUGUCAUGGACCAGAAGGAUCGAGAGAGACGCUAAGGACGCGCAACUACAGGUGAAGAACCGUUCAGGAAAAAAAAAGUUCAAAACUUAUCUAAACAAUAGAUCUGAAAAAAUGAAUAUAAUUAAUAGUGAGGGCUAUCAAACGCGUUAUAAAUCCGUAGUCCAACUCCGCUGUUUUCCACAACAAAGAACUUCUUUUAGCCAGAGUCUUUUUUCUCCUUUUCCGAGUGGAGUUUCUAUCUGUGGCAAAUCGAACUUUUUCUUAAAGCAGCGCUCAAAUCUUGCCUGCUAAGUUUUUGGUCGCUUUCUAGCAAUUAAAAAGCAAUUAAAAGUUCUCACUAAUGGUGACCGCAACACUGUUUUAUGGAUAUUUUUGUUUCAGGCCCGUAUCCAUGUUGAAAGUAUACUCCAUUGUUUGAAGGAUAUCGGAAGCACGAUCCUGUCCCGAACUCUCGUUGGCGAGGAGCCGAAAGAGCUUUCAGCGCAGGCCAUGUCUCUGUUAGUGUUCCGAGAGGAGCCCAAGUUGCUCGCUGGGACUGUUCUGUCAAACAAAGGAAACAGUUUUCAGUUUACUUCAUUACCCUUCCAGUUAGACAAUGAUACCCCCUUUGUAGAUAGCCGGGUAGGUAUAAGAACUAUUGAAUGGAAGAGGGCACAACUUCAUCGUAAACAUUUCGCUGCCAUUUGUUUUAGUACACAGUGUUACACCUCUUAUUAAAAUUUUAGAAGUUUUGGCUUACCAGGAAAUCCUCCAUAAUUAUACUCUUGACAUGUUCCACGAGGCUACCUAGUUGUUACUUCUAACUUAUUGUGGUGAUGGUAACGAAAGGACAAUACACUCAGUGGGUAGAUUAAUCAAUAUAUGUACUUUCUCUCUGCGCUCUAAGGUCCACUUUUUUCAGAUUCGCCAUUUGACUACCCAAAACCAUAAUUCGGUCACCAGAAAUUGACGACACUUCGCAAGAUUGCAUGACUUAGUGAACUUUAAACACACUCCCUGUCUUUUGAGAAAGCAGAAUAUUAUCUUUGCGAACUGUCAAAGCAUAAUACUCGGGCAACUACGGAGAAAGAGGUAAUGAUUAGGAGAAUUAGACAUUUUUUGUAAUUCGCCCCGAACGCACUGAAAUGACUGCCGUGUAAAAUGCAUUUUUUUAAUCUUUUAUCUACGUCUACAGAUGGUUACAGCAGACUUUAUACCUUUCUCUUGGGACCUCACAGGAGCAAGAGUGACAACUGCUGUUUCAAGCCUUGAACUUAGGAACAGUUCGGGACAUCUGUUGAGUGCGACAGAACUGAAUGUUACUAUUAAACUUCAGAACCUCCAGGUCUUCAAAAACACAUCUCAGUCUCAUUACAUUAAAGCCAACAGAACUACUUUCUACAAGAUAAAUGUCACUCAAUCAGGGAUGGCUUUGAUGCUAAAGAUUCGUCCGGAAAGCAACAAGACAGAGUUUCUGGUAACUGUUAAGUACGGAGAGCGACCGUUGCCAAGUAAUAGCGACUUAAAUGUUACAAUACCUGACCUUUCAUCUUGCGAUGGUAUGCCAGAUGGAUACCUUAAUUGCUCACGCGAUCCAUAUAUGGUGUUUCUGACCCAGGAAUUCGUCCAGAAGAAAGGUGUUGGAUUCUACUUCGUUGGAUUAAAAGCCGUGUCACGAGUUUCUGCGAUCUCUCGAGUUAGGCGUUGCUCAAAGCGGUCCUGUGUGCAGUACAAGGAACCGCCCACUAAGGGUGCAAGUUACAGCGUACCGCACUACCAUGAAGGUGAUGAAAAUUAUACCAUUCAGGUGAUGCCAGCUGCUUGUCUUUUCUGGAACGUGGAAAUAUCCCAGUGGACAACAGAGGGAUGCAGGGUGAGAUAAGUUAUAAUAACCGUUAUUGUUAACUAUUUACUAAACGGUGUUAUACUUAGUGUAAACAUGUUUUAAAUGGUUUUUUCCUGUCUUUUUUUAGUAUUUUAGUCUCCUCUUAAAUACAGAGCUUAAAACAUACAAUCAUGCUCUAUCAUUUGCCCUUGAUCUUGUGGGUGAUAUACACUACUUACUCGCAGGUCACCGAGAGGACAACUCAAGAUUCUAUUUAUUGCUCUUGUAAUCAUCUGAGUGCUUUUGGAGGUCAGUUACUUGUGGCGCCCACUCCCAUCGAUUUUGAUGAAGUUUUCAUCCAAUUGACCAGUGUACCAGAUAGUGGAUACAUAGCUGUUAUCAUAGCUAUUAGCUGUGUGUUUUGGCUUUAUCUGGUGCUGUUGAUAUGGGCUCGAAAGAAUGACAAACAAGAUCUCAUGAAGGUAAGAAUAUAACGCCUAAUGAUUAUCAAUGUACCAUGGACAAACAUGCUAUAAUGCUCUAAAGUUGAUAUAAUGAGAUUGGUUCUCGCUUAUUCAUCUUAUAAAUUUCUAGUGAUAAGAGUAAGCCCUGUGUUAUGGCAAGGAAAUCAUCCGCAGUGUUUUACAUUCUCCGAAUUGUCUCUAAAAAAAAGAGGAGUAAUGAAAGAAAAUAGGAAAGAUCAUGCGGACAAUAUGGAAUACCGUGGAAAUUCUACGCCAAGCUGUGAUUCAUUGAUAGUUGAAUCAAGCUGUGGUAAGAAUAGUAUAAGAAACCCUUCGGAGAGCUAAUUCUUUUAAAGAAACAAAAUUUCUGAAGUCAAGUAGAAGCUGAUCAUGGACUUGUAUAUUGCCUACUUGCACCUUCUGAGAUUCGGUAACAAAUAAGCAAUUUUUUCUCUAAAACUCAAUUUAUUUCCUUUUUGUAACAGUUACAGUUUGUGUUCACUUUGAGCAAAGUUUAACGAGUUUUCCUCAUUGAUCUUCUUAUAGGUGAGCGAGAGUGCACUCCUAGGAGUUCCUUCGCCUUUGUCUUACUUCGUCGAGAUUCAAGUAUCUACGGGCAUUUGGCGCAACUCGGGCACUACUGCUAACGUUUUUAUUAUAUUGGAAGGAGAGUCAGGUGCCAGUAGACCGUUCCAUUUAAAGCACGACGCUUGCAUCCCCUUUGCAAGAGGCAGUAUUAUUUCCUUUAUUCUUUCAAUUCCUGACGGCACAGGCCCCAUAAGAACUGUUCGCGUAUGGCAUGACAACUCGGGCACCAAUCCAUCGUGGUUUUUGAACCACAUCAAGGUCUGCGAUCUAUCCGUUAAGAAGCAAUGGAACUUUAUGUGUUUUGCGUGGCUGGCGGUUGACAAGGGUGAAGGAUUGAUAGACCGCACCCUUCAUUGUACUUCCGCGACCGAUGAAGGAAUCGACUCUUCAGUAUAUGUUCAAAAUAAAAUUGCGGAAGAAUUCAGUGACUCACACGUUUGGCUUUCUGUAGCAACAAGACCACCAAGGUAUAGGUUUACUCGCGUUCAACGUUUGUCUUGCUGUCUGGCACUAAUGCUAACAUCAAUGCUGGCAAGUGCUAUGUUUUACCAGCACGGAGCUGACGACGACACUCAAGGAUCUCUCAGAAUGGGUCGUUUUGAUGUAAACCUUAAAGGAUUCAUCAUUGGAGUUCAGAGCCUUAUCGUCAUUUUUCCCACCUAUGUUUUGACUGUAGAACUUUUUGCCCAUACUCGAUCGUCAGAUGAGAAUAAACAAAUGACUCUCAAAGCUAAUGCAGGAAAAAAAUAUUUCUCUUUUCCACACUGGUUUAUAUUCAUUCCUUGGCUUUUGUGUUUCCUCCUCUCAACUUGUGCGGCGGCUUUUGUUCUCUUCUACAGUCUACAGUGGGGUGCAGAUACAAGUGAGCAAUGGCUGGCUUCGGUUGUAAUAUCAAUUUUUGCGGACAUAUUUGUAGUAGAACCUAUUCAAAUCAUCGUAGUUGCCUUCAUACUGCCUCAUAUUUUUAAAGAAGAAACUGACAGAUCUACGUGGAUGCCUCGCUCUGUCGACCCCGAGGUUGAUCUUAAAGAUAUUAAAGUUGGCGGGCUAGGAGAUGAUGAGGCCGAAGAGGAAGAAGUUGAAAUACCAAAGCCUCUAAGUAAGAAACAGCAACGUCGCGCAAGGAAAAGUCGAAUAAGAGAGAUACUAACAUAUUCAGCUUUUCGGAAAAUAGGAUCCUACAUGCUUUACUUAUUGAUUCUUAUGAUUGUUUGCUACGGUGGGCGCAGCAAGCAUGGGUACCUGAUGACAUCAUCCAUGAGGAAUACAUUUGGAGAGCUUGAUGUGGUAAGUGAAUUGGGUGAUCUUAUUGUCUCACAGCUGCCUACAUUGAUACGAAAGGAUGUAAUAACACCAUAAUGAUAGCAGACUUAGGGAGGUUACAGUUUUUUUAUAUACCAAAACGUCGAAUAGGCGCCGAAGAAAUCAAAGCUAUCGUUAAAAAAAAAAAAGACACGCCCUCAUUUACGAUGCAUUUAUUUUUCCUUUACUUUGCGAUUGAACAACGAGAUAUCAUCGGCCGUAUAGUCCUAACUCAGAGGGCAUGUGAUUAGUGCUCAGACGGAGCAAGGAGAAUCUCUUACAGGCAACGAUUAAUGUCAACGCACUUGUUAUUCAGUUUACUUCAUACGAUUUAUAGUUAUUUCUUUAUUUAUAUAUUUUUAUGUUUAAAUAUUUUUAUAUCUUUGUUUUUUUUAUUUAAACAUUUAUAUACAUUUUUUAUUUGUCCCACCGAAUCAUGUAGAUUUCAAAUCACUUCAAUACAUGGGACUGGGUACGUGACGUUUUGGUACCAGGGCUUUUUGAGGAUGGAAAAUACUUCACACUGAAUAGUUCCAGUCCUUACAUUGGAGAUGGCGACGCUGUUCUCGUUGGGAUGCCUCGUUUAAGGCAGCUACGAGUCAAAGAAGGUAUUUUUAAGAAAUUGUAUCAACGUAGACCAAAAAAUGCUGCUUGUGUUAACUGCGUCGACAAGACCGAUUUAAUGGUCAGCUGUAAACGCUCCCUCAAUAUUCCACGAAGCAAAUCCCAAGUUUUAAGUUGUGUGAAAACUCCCCAAAACCAACUUCUCAUAAAGGCUGGAGUAUUGGAAUGAUAGUGGUGACAGAGACUAGCCUAAGACUUACCCUUCGGGUGAGCCAUCGGAAGGUUUAUGAAUUUGAUUUGAUUAAUUGCUAAGUAAAUAAAAAGAAAGAAAAAAUUGCCCUUCAUUAAGGUUACUUAAAACCCAUUUACCCACUUUCUUUUGAGGCGGGAACAAAACUUCAUUUAUCAUGAUAGUUGCAUAAAAUAAUGACACAAUUCAUGUACGGUAUGUCCACUAUCACAAUGGCAACACAAAUUUUUCUCUCCCAGGUCCUUGUGACAUCGGCAUAGAGGAACUGACCACCCAGUUCAAUUCAUGUGUGGUUUCAUAUACAUUCAGUAACGAGGACAAAGCCAGCUUCCAUGAAACGAGAUGGCGUCUAUUUUCCUCAUCCAAGAAUGAGUCACUCAUUAGUCCUCAUCGUGUCUGUCCAAGUGCUUGGCAUUAUUCGUCUGCCCAAGAAACAUCAAGUCUUCCUCUAUGGGGAAAACUUCAUCUGUUAAACUUUUAUGGCGAAGGAGGUUAUCUGGCUGAGUUGGGCUAUGACAAAACUACAGCACUCAAAGUCAUCUCUGAACUCAACCUGUUUAACUGGACUGACAGGUUUACCAGCGCUAUAAUUUUUGAGUUCACGGUUUUUAACUCUCAAGUAAAUUUGUUCAGCGUGAUUUGGAUCCUUACUGAAUUUUCACCAAGUGGUCUCGUGGUCUCUAAUCACGUGAUUCAUACUAUGCACAUAUAUGACAUUGGCGGGGGCUACAGUGCUGUAACCAUAACGUGCCAGAUGUUACUAGUGGCUUAUAUUAUAUACUUUGUUGUUACGGAAACGAGGAAAAUGAUUGCGGGAAUUAGAAUUUAUUUCUCUCAGUUUUUAAACUGGGUUGAACUUACGCAGACUUUUGCAGUCAUUGGCUUUCUCAUUUCUCACAUUAUGAAAGAAACACAGCUCUUUGCUACCACAGCGAAACUCAGAGAAAAUACUUUUCAGUUUAUCAGUUUUAAUAAAGGCAUUCUUCUGCAAGACCUGGAAACGCUAUUAGUAUCGUUACUGAUGUUUUUGAACACUUUGAAGUUACUUUAUUUGCUCAAAUUGAAUUCCCACGUGAGGCAUUUAUUUUAUGUAAUGAAAGUAUCUACUCGGGAACUCGUUCAGUGUUCGGUUGUAUUCGCUGUCUUCAUGUUUGGAUGUAUUCAUGUAGGAUACAUUCUGUUUGGGAGCGAACUUUACUCCUUUUCUUCGCCUUUCAUCAUUUUACAGUUUCUUCUAGUCGAAGGAGUCGUUGGUGGCGGUUUCAGCUACUUUUAUGAUUGCUGUACAGUCGUUGGCCCAGCUUACUUUACGGCGAUAAAAGUGGCAGUGAAUCUUAUAUGCAUCAACAUUUUCGUUUGUAUCCUUGUUUAUAAUUAUGGCCGCAUCAGGGAACUCUCUAGAGGGAAAUUUGAUCUUGGACAUUUCAUGUUUGUGAAAAUAAAAGAACUACUGGGUUGCGGGGGCGACCGUCAGGGAGCGAAUGAAGACAUUUCUGGGCAUGAUCUACCGAGCACAGAGAUCGAGGAAGAUAUUCUUCCUCAGGCAGCAGAGAUAUUGGCGAGGCUGGAUCGGAUUAACCAUCUUUUAAAUAUUCAUUACGCCGACGAAUUUUGUGAAGACCUUGAACUGUUUUCUAUGUGGUUUGAUCUUCGCAUGCAAGCUAAGAAAUCCAAGGAUUUACAAGAAAAUUGGGUCGAUGCUCAAGAAAGUUUUGAGGAUGUCGUAGAAGAAGAUUGGGUGGAUGCAUAUCAAGAAUGA